GUCAUUUCAUGGCCCUCGUGGAGGGCAGACUGUAUUCGCCUUGUUUAGAAUGAAUCAGUCCCUUUAAUACAGUGUCUGAGGGGAGGGAAGGGCAUGAGAGUUCUCUGUUUUUAAGGUUGUGUUUUAAGGUUUCUCAAGCAGCAAGAACAGAAGCGAAGCCCGAUGCCUUAGUCCACCCUCUAUGUGGGUUUUCUUUCUCACAGCCCUGCAGUGUCUAUUUAACAUAUGGGGAGUGGUUUCAAGUUCAUUACUAAAGCUUAUAGGCUAAAGUGCUUUGUGGGCUUGGCUAGGACUUAAGUUGCCUUUAGGGAGUCAGCCUGCUGUGAGCUUGAGAACAGGAUUGCAUUCCCUGUUUCUGUGGAUUCUCAGGGUAGUAAAUUUUUUCUGGGUUUUGGGCUGUCAGCCACCUUGGAGAGUAGUUUCAUAGUAAGGAGUCUUCUGUCUUUCAAGCAAUAUGAAGCGACUGCUUCCACAGGGGCACCAGCUUCUUUGCUUUUACCCUGUCAGAAGUCAACAUGUCGCUGAAAAAUGAGCCCAGAGUAAACACCUCUGCACUGCAGAAAAUUGCUGCCGACAUGAGCAACCUGAUAGAAAAUCUAGACACGCGGGAGCUCCACUUUGAGGGAGAGGAGGUGGAUUUUGAUGUGUCUCCUGGUGAUCCCAAGACACAUGAAGUGUCUAUUCCUUUCUCUGCUAUUUAUAACACGCAAGGAUUUAAGGAGCCUAAUAUACAGACGUAUCUCUCUGGCUGUCCAAUAAAAGUGAAAGUUCUGGAAGUGGAACGCUUUACAUCUACAACAAGGGUACCAAGUAUCAAUGUUUACACUAUUGAAUUAACACAUGGAGAAUUUAAGUGGCAAGUUAAGAGGAAAUUCAAGCACUUUGAAGAAUUUCACAGAGAAUUGCUCAAAUACAAAGCCUUUAUCCGAAUCCCAAUUCCCACCAGAAGACACACAUUCAGAAGACAAAAUGUCAAAGGGGAGGAGCCUCGAGAGAUGCCAAAUUUACCACGUUCAUCUGAAACUAGUAUUAGAGAAGAACAAUUCUUAGGUAGAAGGAAACAACUGGAAGAUUACUUGACGAAGCUACUGAAGAUGCCCAUGUAUAGAAACUAUCAUGCGACAACAGAAUUCCUUGACAUAAGCCAGCUGUCUUUCAUCCGUGAUUUGGGACCAAAGGGCAUAGAAGGUAUGAUAAUGAAAAGGUCUGGAGGACAUAGGAUACCGGGCUUGAAUUGCUGUGGCCAGGGAAGAGUCUGCUACCGAUGGUCAAAAAGGUGGUUAAUAGUGAAAGAUUCUUUUUUACUGUAUAUGAAGCCAGACAAUGGUGCUAUUGCCUUCGUCCUGCUGGUAGAUAAAGAAUUCAGAAUUAAGGUGGGGAAGAAGGAGACAGAGACUAAAUAUGGACUCCGAAUUGAUAAUCUCUCCAGGACACUUAUUUUAAAAUGCAACAGCUAUAGACAGGCUCGAUGGUGGGGAGGGGCUAUAGAAGAAUUCAUCCAGAAGCACGGCGCUGACUUUCUCAAAGAUCAUCGAUUUGGGUCAUAUGCUGCUAUCCAAGAGAACACGCUAGCUAAAUGGUAUGUUAACGCCAAAGGAUAUUUUGAAGAUGUGGCAAAUGCAAUGGAAGAGGCUGAAGAAGAGAUUUUUAUCACAGAUUGGUGGUUGAGUCCAGAAAUCUUCCUGAAACGCCCGGUGGUUGAAGGAAAUCGCUGGAGGUUGGACUGCAUUCUUAAACGAAAAGCACAACAAGGGGUGAGGAUCUUCAUCAUGCUCUACAAAGAGGUGGAACUCGCUCUUGGGAUCAAUAGUGAAUACAGCAAGAGGACUUUAAUGCAUCUGCACCCCAACAUUAAGGUGAUGAGGCACCCAGACCAUGUGUCAUCCACUGUGUAUCUGUGGGCUCAUCAUGAGAAGCUCGUCGUCAUCGACCAGUCAGUGGCCUUCGUGGGUGGGAUUGACCUGGCUUAUGGAAGGUGGGACGACAAUGAGCACAGACUCACAGAUGUGGGUAGCGUGAAGCGUGUCAUUACUGGAUCAUCCCUGGUGUCCCUCACAGCUGAAACAGCAGAGUCUACAGAAUCGUUACACCUCAAAGAUAAAAGCAAAUCUAAUACAAAUCUGCCCAUCUUGAAGAGUGUUGAUGAUAUGGAUUCAAAAAUGAAAGGCAUAGGAAAGCCGGGAAAGUUCUCCAAAUUCAGCCUGUACAGGCAGCUCCACAAGCGUCACCUGCAAAGUGCAGACAGCAUCAGCAGCAUUGACAGCACCUGCAGUUACUUUAGUCACUGUAGAAGUCAUCAAAAUUUAAUCCAUGGUUUAAAACCCCACUUGAAAUUCUUUCGCCAUUCCACUGAAUCUGAGCAGGGACUCAUUAAACCUAAUGUCGAUACUGGCUCCAUCCGCAGCUUACAAACAGGCGUCGGGGAGCUGCAUGGGGAAACCAGAUUCUGGCAUGGAAAAGAUUACUGCAACUUUGUCUUCAAAGACUGGGUUCAGCUUGACAAACCUUUUGCAGAUUUCAUUGACAGGUACUCCACUCCCCGGAUGCCAUGGCACGACAUUGCCUCUGUGGUCCACGGGAAGGCGGCUCGUGACGUGGCUCGUCAUUUCAUCCAGCGCUGGAACUUCACAAAGAUUAUGAAAUCAAAAUAUCGGUCUCUUUCGUACCCAUUUCUGCUUCCAAAAUCUCAGACAACAGCCCAGGAGUUGAAAUAUCAAGUGCCUGAAUCUGUAUGUGCAAAAGUACAGUUGCUCCGCUCUGCUGCUGAUUGGUCUGCGGGUAUAAAGUACCAUGAAGAGUCCAUCCACACUGCUUACAUACAUGUGAUAGAGAACAGCAAGCACUAUAUCUACAUAGAAAAUCAGUUUUUCAUAAGCUGCGCUGAUGACAGAGUUGUUUUCAACAGGAUUGGUAAUGCCAUUGCCCAGAGGAUACUUAAAGCCCACAGGGAAAGCCAGAGAUACCGGGUGUAUGUUGUGAUACCGCUCCUGCCAGGGUUUGAAGGAGACAUUUCAACCGGUGGAGGAAACGCGUUACAAGCAGUAAUGCAUUUCAACUACAGAACCAUAUGCAGAGGAGAAAAUUCCAUCCUUGGACAGUUAAAAGCAGAGAUUGGCAAUCAGUGGAUAAAUUACAUCUCAUUCUGUGGCCUUAGAACACAUGCACAGCUUGAAGGAAGCCUAGUCACUGAGCUUAUCUAUGUCCACAGCAAGCUGCUGAUUGCCGAUGACAACACGGUUAUUAUUGGCUCUGCUAAUAUAAAUGAUCGAAGCAUGCUGGGAAAGCGUGACAGUGAAAUGGCUGUCAUUGUACAGGACACGGAGACGGUUCCUUCUGUAAUGGACGGAGAAGAGUACCAAGCUGGCCGGUUUGCCCAAGGACUUCGGCUGCAGUGCUUUAGGGUUGUCCUUGGCUAUCUUUCUGAUUUGAGUGAGGACAUUCAGGACCCAGUGAGUGACAAAUUCUUCAAGGAGGUUUGGGUUUCAAUAGCAGCUCGAAAUGCUACAAUUUACGAUAAGGUGUUCCGGUGCCUUCCCAAUGAUGAAGUACACAAUUUAAUUCAACUGCGAGACUUUAUAACCAAACCCAUAUUAGCAAAAGAAGAUCCCAUUAGAGCUGAGGAAGAACUGAAAAAGAUUCGUGGGUUCUUGGUGCAAUUCCCCUUUUACUUCUUGUCUGAAGAAAGCCUACUGCCUUCUGUUGGAACCAAAGAAGCCAUGGUGCCUAUGGAGGUUUGGACUUAAGAGAAAUCUGGAGUUGUACUCUUUUGCAGACCAAGGACUUUCACUCUGAAGACCACACUGCAUGCAGUGACUUUCUGGAGACCUCACAACCAAAGCCUGUCCUGGCACACGUCUCCAACCCAUUAACCCACUGGGACAGUAUCAAGGACUGACAUGGAAUGGCCUGGAAAGAAUGCAGCUAUACUGUAGGGACACUGAACCUGAGCAGAGCUUUAUAAUUCCUCCAGCCUCUACUUGUGAAAAAGGGACUGUGUUCUUGUUGGUAGGCAUGUGUGACGACAUCCCAUGACGUACACCAAAAUGCAUUUCCUUUGCUAACGAGAAUUUACCUGUUGCCAAAAGUUGUCUGAACCUCCUCGUUCUUCAUGACCCUCAUUUAUGCAGCGAAGUCUCCUGGGUCUGCCCUGGUCUUGUACUCCCUGCAAGCACUGUUUGAGAUAUUGUUUACUGCCAGAAGAUGUUGUGAUGCUCCUUCUAGGGUGCUUGAGAUCCCUGUCUAUCUGACCCUGGGAUAGUAGUGCUUCCCCAAGAAGGACAUGGUCGUUAUUCCUUUUUAGUGACUAAAAGGACAGGACAGACUUCAGUCUACACAGCAGCCCAUGCUAGGCACUUCCGAUAACAUUGAACUGUAUGUAUUUUGACACCAGGGGGCAACAGGAAGGAAUUAAAUUCACUUAUUGAAGCAGAGAUUUCACUUUGCCCCCUAAGCCACUGCCAAGAUGUGUCUUUGUGAUAGGGCACACCUAAUGAAAUGGGGAAACAUGUGCAGUGUAUUUGAUUACACAGCAACCAGAUAAAACUCAAAGAUAGAGCACGCCUCCUUCAGAAACCUGCAAGGUGUCAGUGGGGAUCUCAUCCAGAUGAGAAGAUCUCUUAUACGUGAAAAAAAAAAAAGUAGGCCCGUAAAAUUUCCUGUCAUCUUUAGCUGGGCGAUCAAUUGAAAUUUAAGUUUCUACAUUUCAAAAUCAAACUAAUGAACUCAAUUUGUCUUUCCAGAAAAUCAGAGGCUGUGUAACUCGUACGAAGUUCAUAAGUACGAGUCUAACCUUGUUUGACAUCCAGCUCUUCAGCUACAUUAUCUCCUUUAAGGAAAAUUAAUUGAUUGCAAACUAUGUGCUGCUUUGCUUACAUUAUUUAAAUACACAUUAACAUUCCACAAGGACUUCCAAAGAAGUUUCAGAUGCUUAUUAACUCACAUUGCCCUGGUCUGUGAAUUGUUCUGGAAUUUUCCUUUUUGGGUGUUGAGUACCCUUUGAUAUAACAAAGCUCUAAAAAAAAAAAAAACUAAAA